AUUUACUGUCAGCUAUGUGGAGUUCUGUUCAACAUUAGCCGCAUAAGAACUCGCAGAGAGCCACGGGGGGCAGCUUGGCUAUCUCUCUCGGCCGAGUACGGUACCACAUGGGUUGGAAGCAAUGCCAGAGACCAUGAGCCUUGUGGUUACGACUGCUCAGUUCUUUAUCGUGGACCUGGAGCACAAACACCGGCGGGAGAAAGACAGGACUCAGAACUUCAUGCCAUCGAUAGCCCGACCAAGGAUGAACCGUGUUCUGACCUCGCAGGAGAACCAAGCAGCAAUAACUCAGAAUAUGGCCUUGAGUACGGCCCUGGAUUGAGUGGAGGCAGCAUGAAGAAAUUCAAGAGCUCAGAAAAUCUCCCCACAUUGGAUUCUCCAUCGGGGCCAAAUGCUGAGGAUCUUGACACGGAUUUUAAGCCACUCUCUAUCAUUGAAGAUUUGGAUGACAGUGAGAUGGGGCUCAAGGCUCUGAACGACCUUCGGUGCAACUACGAGCAUAUAGCCGGCCCAAAUUGUGAGUAUUUGGAUGGUUACAAUGGCAAUCACAUAUCAGUUGGCGAGAUGAGGGACUGUUCAACUGUGCAGUGCCUUGUGCGCAAGAUCGAAGGCUGGGAGCCUCUUGACGAUGACCAAGACUUUGAAGAUUAUUCGUCUUGUUGCCUCACAGGCUUGGCACGAGGGCUGGACCCAAUUUGGAGCAAUCGUUUCUCUCCCGUGCGUCAUGGAACCAGCGAGUGGGUUACGGCAGCAAAUGAUUGUGACUAUACACUCAGGUCUGAGGAAGUGGCUAUCUGGGUUGGCCUCCCGUUUCACCCGACUUGUUUCGAACUGUUUAGAAGGGCCAGCAUCAAAGCCCUCGGCCGUGUUGCCACGGAAGAAUUGAUGAACCUCCGUGAUUACUACUGCAAAUAUCCGGAGAGAACGGCGGAACCAUUUUGCCAGCGUAAUGACGACGUUGUUGAUUCAUUCCAAGAGGGUGAUUGGCGAUACAAUCGAGGUGCCGAGUAUCUCGUUGCUAAUCCGAUCUUCAUUCCGACAUUUAAGCGGAUCUGUGAUUCGGCUCGCACAGUCCCCGAAGACUUCAGCAUACAAGGUAGUCCAUUUAUUGGCCAUGGCGACCUAGCCAAGUCUUUAAGUGAGGAUCCUUUCCUGAGGUUGCCUUCAGAGAUACUGCAAGCAAUUGUUGGCUAUCUCGGGUCCAAGGAUAUUGCACUCCUGCGCCUGUCGUCGCGAGGAUUCCGUCAUUUACCUAUCUCAGUAUGGUAUUGGCUUCUAGUGGAGGAGUUUCCUUUCAUCUAUGAAGCAUGGAGUGGCGAUGUCCAUCCAUACAAAUGGGCACUUAUUGAUUCUGGCCGGUUUCAAGCGCUAACGAAAAGGGGUGAAGAAUACGAGAAGAUGCGGGAAAAUAAAAUCGAAACGCUGCGAGCCAGUGAAACGGAUGAUCUAGAAACGUGGAUGAAGAGCUCGCCUGCGGCGAAACCUUGGCACGACACGGAUGAGUACCAGGAGGGAAUGGCGUCGUGUAUGGAGGAGAGCAAGGCGUUACAGCCCGUGUGUCUACCAUAUGAUAAGACAAACUGGUAUGAACUGUAUCUCGAGAUUGUCAAGAAUUGGAAGGACCUCAAAGGAUUGCAGAAUCGCAAACGGAUUUGGAAGGAUAUCACAGAGAUAAUAUCCCGCAUGAUGGAACACGCUGAGACAAAUACUGACGAAGAAGAGCAAGCAGACAUAUAG